AUGGCUGCCGCCGAUAUCCGCUUCAAACUGAACACUGGUGCCGAGAUCCCAGCUUUGGGUCUGGGAACCUGGAAGUCCGAGCCUGGCGAGGUCACUCGCGCUGUUUCCCACGCUAUUAAGUGCGGCUACCGCCACAUUGACACUGCUCUGGUCUACGGCAAUGAGAGCGAGGUGGGCCAGGGUAUCAAGGAGGCCAUUGACUCCGGUAUCGUGAAGCGCGAGGACCUGUUCGUGACCACCAAGCUGUGGUGCUCUUUCCACGCCCGUGUCGAGGAGGGCCUAGACGAGAGCUUGAAGAACCUUGGUUUGGACUAUGUUGACCUGUACCUGAUGCAUUGGCCCGUGGCAAUGAACCCGAAGGGUAACCACAACAUCUUUCCCAAGCUGGCCGAUGGAUCGCGGGACAUGGACCACAACCACUCGUACAUCGACACCUACAAGAGCAUGGAGAAGCUUGUUGGUACUGGCAAAACUCGCGCCAUUGGUGUCUCCAACUUCUCUGUUGAAUACCUUGAGAAGCUCCUACCUCAGGUGUCCAUUGUCCCCGCCGUCAACCAGAUUGAAAACCAUCCCUCUCUGCCCCAGCAGGAGAUUGUGGACUUCUGUAACCAGAAGGGUAUCCACAUCACUGCCUACAGUCCUCUUGGUAGUACUGGUAGCCCGCUUUUCUCGGCAGAGCCCAUUGUGGCUGUUGCCCAGAAGCGUGGCGUGACCCCCGCUACUGUUCUGCUGAGUUGGCACAUCGCCCGUGGCUCCUCUGUGCUCGCCAAAUCUGUGACUCCAGCUCGCAUCGAGGCCAACCGGAAUGACCUGAUCAAGCUGGAUGCCGAAGACGUCGCCACCAUCAAGAAAUACUCCGACGACCUCGCCGCCCGCAAGUCCUUCACUCGCUACGUCUUCCCACCAUUUGGCACCGACAUGGGUUUCCCCGAUAAGAAGUAA